AUGGGAAAGAAGAGACCUACGCUCAAAGGCACCGUCCAGCGUGGAUAUGCCACCACAUCUACGCCCAAGAAGGUCCAGGAUCCACCCCCUGCAUCUGCCGCAGCUGCGAAGAAGCCCACUGCCAACUCCUCUAAAACUACCUCAGCGGCUGACGUUGGCUACGAAAAAGUCAACGAUGAAAGCCUCGCAGACAACCUCGGCGCGUCCAAGUCGACAGCAGCAAAUGCCACUGGUAGCUCGGCCGUUUUCUUCGAUCCAGAGAAAGAAGAAGAGCAAGCACUUCAAAAUCUCGUCGACAAGCUGCAAGACCGUGUCGAAAAGGAAGUCUCGAGACAGCACAAGGCCAUUGAGUAUGACCGCAGAUUUGCAAAGACGCUCCCCAACUUUGAAUUGGAGCCCGAGCUUCGCGAUCAGGUCCUCCAGGUGGCGGUGGAUCUCAACAAGCAGGCGGUCGUUGCUGCCAGUACAGGUGCGAUGGCUGCGAGAGGACCAUCUGCUACUCUUCCUGCUUCUUCAGAUGCUUUAUCCACGCCGGGCACAACUGCUUCAAACACCACCACAGUCUCCGGAAGUGCUACUCCCCUUAGCAUUGGCUCGUCUCACACCUCUCUUGCCAUGGCAACCUUGACAAAAGAUCUUCAAAAGCUUGCGGUCACUAAUUCAAGCUCGUCCGGAGCAGCUUCUUCAUCCUCAUCAUCGGUGUACGCCGAAUCGGAAGACAAGGUCAUGGCCAGAGCUCUGACCACGUACACCAUCCUUCUGAAACUCGGCUUCUCUUCUGCUCAAGUGGAAGACGCGCUCUCACACGCUCCAUCUCCAGACGUGGAAGACUGCUUAUCUUAUCUCUAUCUCGCUCUCGAAGAGGAGACGCUCGAGGAUGCGAUGCGAGCCGGUGACGGAAAAGCUGCUAAGAAUCGUCGAGGAAAAGAUCCAAGCAAGAACGACUUCCCUUCCCUCAACCGUGGGGCUCAAGACAAAUACGAUGACAAAGACGAUGACGAUGAUGAUUACGACGAAAGCAGACCGCCUGCUUACCAAGGCUAUGAGUUCAGUCGCUCCGAGACGCUUGGAAAGAGUGAUUUCGCUCGAAAAGAGCUACCUGUAGAUACUAGACAAGUACCAGGAGCACAGAACACGUCCGCACCACCGACACCAGCCAAGGCGGAUGCUCAGGGUGAAAAGACAACCAUCGAUCCCGAAAAGGUUGAAGCGCUCAAGAAAGCCUGCGAACGUCUCAUCCUUCAACUUAGCGACGAUCUGGAGUCAGACCAGAUCGACACCCUGGAAAAGCCCACAGCGACGUGGUCCAUCCUGCGAGCUAUGCAGAUCCGCAUAGACCAAGAAAAAUCCAAGUGGAAAAAGCAGCUGGGCAAAGAAGGCGAAGUGCAAAUGAAGCAGCAAGAUGCCAGCCUCGAACGCGUGCUCGGUCGCACUAAGGAUUUCAUGCGCGAGUGCGAGCGCGGUGCCUACUUUGACCAGAAGACCGCCACUGACGGCUUCCGCCAAGCAUUGCGACAGCGUGAAGAAAUCGAAAAGCAGCUCAAGUCAGCCGAAGAAGAGGAAGAAAAGAAGCGUCAGCAGCGUCGUCGCCAGAUCGAGGCUGCAGCCGGACUUGACUCAGCCUCUCCGGCCGAAGAGAACGCUCAAGACAACAGACCCUCCUCGACAGAAAAAGAGGCGACUUCCGCAGAGACGAGCAUCGUCGACCGAAAGGGAGCUGGAGUAGUGAAUCAGGUAGAUGCCAAGGGUGGGGAUCAGAAAACCGACACUGAUUCUGAUGAUGAGGGCGGCUUCUUUGGUGACCUUCUCAACGAAGGCCCAAUCGAGGACAAGGACGUCGAGACGGGCGCCGUUGUCAUCAUGCGCGAGCUUCCUGCGCGGGCCAAAAGCGGCGGCGGAGGCAAGACCCCGCGCGUCAUGCUCUCCGAUGCUCUCAAGCGCGCUGACCCUUAUUCUACGUUCAAGUUCACCGCCAUUCCGUCCGGCGGUCGAGUGCACCGCAGCAAGCUCAUGAUCCGCUGGAAUGGAGGCAAAGUGGUGCCGAACAAGCAUCCUGUCAGCGCUGGUUCGCCGACGUACAUCGACGAGUACAUUCUGACGACAGUCGGGUGCUUUUCACAGCUACAGGCCGACGACUUUAUCGCCACUGUUGCACUCUUCUGCAUUGACAGUGACAAGUCGAUUCAACGCGCGCUUCCUCCCGGCUACCGCGAGUGGUGGGAAGAGCUCGCAUCCCUCCAAAAGGACGAACGGGAUCGCAAGAGUCGAAUACGCUUCCAACGUGUGCGAGACAUCAUUCGUGUCAAGAUGGACGAAGCGUCUGCAGCGAAGAAGGCCAAAGGCAAGGUCGCCCCCGCCAACGCUCCCGCAGCUACAGAGCAGACCAAACUUGGCGAGCUCUCGGCAGCUUGUGCGCCGCAGCCUUCCGAAGCCAGGUCAAAAGAGAUCGCAGAAUACUUCACCAACCGUGUCGCAUCCCCUUCCUACCAGAAAAUGCUUCCUGGCCGACAAAAUCUGCCUAUCGCCAAUCAUCGUCAGGAGAUCCUCGACCUGAUCGAGAACAAUCAGAUCUUUGUGCUCAGUGGUGAGACGGGAUGUGGCAAAUCGACACAGGUGCCCGCCUACAUCGUCGAGCACUGUAUGUCACAGGGUCGCAACUGCAAGAUCUACGUCACUGAGCCAAGGCGUAUCUCGGCUAUCUCGCUAGCUGAGCGUGUGAGCGAAGAGCUGGGAGAGCCUCGCAAGAGCGUCGGAAGCAACGACAGCUUGGUCGGCUACGCAAUUCGUCUCGAGAGCAACGUCGGCAAGAAUGCAAGGCUCGUCUAUGCCACGACGGGUAUCGUUCUCCGCAUGCUUGAAGGCACUGCGUUCAACGAAAUCACGCAUGUCAUCAUCGACGAAGUGCACGAGCGCUCUAUCGAGUCCGAUUUCUUGCUGAUUAUCCUCAAGACGCUAAUCGCGCAUCGCAAGGACCUCAAAGUGAUUCUCAUGUCAGCCACAGUGGAUGCAGAGCGCAUCAGCAAGUACUGUGGUGGGUGCCCUACGAUUACUGUUCCUGGUCGUACCUUCCCGGUUAACGUGCACUACCUCGAAGACGCCGUCGAGAUGAGCAACUACACUAUCGAAGACGAUUCGCCUUACGCAUUCCGCCCCAAGCGUGGCUACCGCAACGGUGAUGGCAAUGCGCGUAAGCAGAACGCACCAGGAAACAAGAGUAAGCUGCAGCUGCUAGCUCAAGCACCCGCAGAGGAGGAAGAUGACCCUGGUCUGCUAGAUGAUGAUGACGAAAACCCAGAUGGCCAGGGUCCUAGCACCGGCAGUCUCGGCAAAGCUUACCGAAGCAAGACGAUCGACACACUCGGUAGGAUGAACGAGUAUGUGAUCAAUCAUGAUCUCAUCAUCAAGAUUCUCGAGCGCGUCUGUCUCGAGAAAGACCUUGAGCCAUACAGUGCGGCGACGCUCAUCUUCAUGCCCGGUCUGGCCGAGAUUCGCAAAUGCCACGAUAUGCUUGCUGACCACCCCACCUUCGGUGGAAGUGGUUUUCAGCUCUUCCCGCUGCACUCGACCAUUUCAUCCGAGAAUCAGGGUGCUGUCUUCCAUGUACCUCCUCCCGGGGUACGCAAAAUUGUGAUCGCCACUAACAUUGCCGAGACUGGUAUCACAAUUCCCGACAUCACCUGCGUCAUUGACUCGGGUAAGCACCGCGAGAUGCGUUACGAUGAGAAGCGCCAAAUCUCGCGCCUGGUGGAAUGCUUCAUUGCGCGGAGCAAUGCCAAGCAGCGACGCGGCCGUGCGGGUCGUGUACAAGAAGGCAUCUGCUUCCACCUGUUCACCAAGUACCGGCACGAUUCGUACUUGGACGAACAUCCACUGCCCGAGAUGCUCCGUCUGUCGCUACAGGACUUGGCUCUGAAGCUCAAGAUCAUGAAGAUCAAGAUCGGACAUUCGAUUGAGAACGCACUGUCGCAAGCACUGGAUCCUCCAAGCCCUGCCAAUGUGCAGCGUGCCAUUGCGGCACUUGUCGAGGUCAAGGCGCUGACGACAACCGAGGAGAUCACGCAUCUUGGUAGACACUUGUCCAAGAUGCCACUCGAUGUACACAUGGGCAAGUUCCUGCUGGUCGCGACCUUGUUCAAGUGUCUGGAUCCUGCUCUCACGAUUGCAGCGGCACUGAACUCGAAGUCGCCCUUUGUGACACCAUUUGGCAAAGAGCUUGAGGCGGACCGUGUCAAGCAGAGCUUCAAGCUCGGCGACUCGGAUUUCCUCACCAUCGCCAACGCAUUCAACGGCUUCCGUCGCUCCACUGCACAGAACCACCACCGGACGUUUUGCAACCGCAGUUUCCUGAGCAUCCAGAACCUGAUGCAGAUCGAAGAGCUCCGCCAGCAGUACUUUUCGUACCUGGUCGACGCUGGCUUUGUCACGGUCGACGAUGCUUUCAGGCAGGAACUCAACAAGCUGAGGUACCGCAGUGGUGGCUCAUCCAACUUUUCCAAGCCACGCUUUAUGACGAUUCCUGCGCACCUGGAUGUCAACUCGUCGAGUCUUGCCAUGAUUCACGCGACUCUGGCUGCUGGUCUCUACCCGAAACUACUGCAUAUCGAUAGCAAGACCUACCAGCUCAAGACGAUCGGAAACAACCAACCCACCUCAAUUCAUCCCUCGUCUGUCAACUUCAAAGUCAAGAUGUCCGAGCUGGUACGCGGGUCGAGCAGCUAUAUGCUGUACUACACGAUGAUGCAGAGCAAGAAGCUGUAUGCCUGGGAAACAGGGUUGAUGGACGAUAAGGCAGUCUACAUGCUGUGCGGAGAUGGAGAGUUCAGGCUGGCUUCGAAUAGUUUGUACAUUGACAGACAGAGGAUCAGGAUUGCAAGUGCGGACCCGAAAAGCUUGGUUGCACUCAAGACGUUGAGGGACGGCUUGGGCAAGCUGAUGAAGGCGAGCUUCAGGAACCCAGGCAAAGAGUGGAGCGAGGGGCAGGAGAAGCUGUUCGAGCUUGCAUGCAAGGUUCUUGGUGUGGGCGCCAACGAAAAGGAUCUUGCCUUGUUGCAGUAG